GCGGUGCGCGCCAGCGGCGCGGGGAUUGGCUGCGGAGGGCGGAGACGUCAGGCUCCCGCGGCCCCAGCGGCCGCCCGGCCCGGCGCGGCGCAGUCGGCUCGAGUGGUCUAGUAACGGAGAGUUGUCCGCGGCCCUGCCGUCCUCUGCCGCAGUCGCUGGGCUGCGCCGCCGUCGCCAGGACGCGCCGCCGAGCCCCUCGUUGCCGCCUCCAGCCCCGCGGCCUGCGUUCGCCUCGCCUUCCGCACGCCCACCAUGACGAAGACUGAGAAGAAGUCCUUCCAUCAGAGCCUGGCCGAGUGGAAGCUGUUCAUCUACAACCCGACCAGCGGAGAGUGCCUGGGGCGCACCGCCAAGAGCUGGGGUCUGAUCUUGCUCUUCUACCUAGUUUUUUAUGGGUUCUUGGCUGCACUCUUCACAUUCACAAUGUGGGCCAUGCUCCAGACUCUGAAUGAUGAGGUUCCGAAAUACCGAGACCAGAUUCCUAGUCCAGGACUUAUGGUUUUUCCAAAACCACUGACUGCCUUGGAAUAUACAUACAGCAUGUCUGAGCAGCCUACUUUUGAAAAGUUCACCAAAGACCUGAAGAGGUUCCUAAAGCCAUACUCUGUAGAAGAACAGAAGAAUCUCACAAAUUGUCCUGAUGGAAUACUUUUUAAACAGACUGGUCCAGAUUAUCAAGCAUGUCAGUUUCCAGUUUCCUUGCUUCAAGAUUGUAGUGGUGUGAAUGAUGCUGAUUUUGGCUAUUCCAAAGGACAACCUUGUAUUCUUGUGAAAAUGAACAGAAUAAUCGAAUUGAUGCCAGAGGGACCACCACGGAUAGCAUGUGAGACAAAGGAUGAAACCAUAGCAAAUAUAUCAACUUAUCCUGACUUUGGAGUUAUGGACUUAAAAUAUUUUCCAUACUAUGGGAAAAAACGGCACGUCGGGUACCGACAGCCCCUGGUCGCCGUCCAGGUCCUCUUUGAUUCCAGUGCCACCAAGAAAGAGGCAACCGUUGAGUGCAAAAUUGAUGGAUCACAAAACCUAAAAAACAAGGAUGAACGUGACAAGUUUUUGGGACGAGUUGUGUUCAAAGUCACAGUGCGCCCGUAGGAGUAGGCCUCUCCACGAAUAAAUGUUGUGCUGUCUCCAUUUUGUAUCAGCUGGACCUGCCAUUCUAGGAAUAUGAGGCCACCUUGGAGGAGGUGGUGUGGUACACACACUGGGAUGACAUCAUAACGUGCUUCCAGAUCAUAGUGUUCAGUGUCCUCUGAAGUAACUGCCUGCUGCCUCUGCUGCCCUUUGAACCAGUGUACGGUCGCCAGAUAGGGACCAGUGAGCUCCCAAUUCCAAACAUGCAGAGUGGGGGUCUCGUCUUCUGUGUGUAAUUGCCAAACGUCUAAAGCUUAAUGUGCUAUGCUCUGUAAAUAUUUUAUGGAUUUAACACUGGUAACUGUCAUAUUUUGAUGCCAACCAAGUUUUAGGGAUAAAAUGGUACCUUGCCAACAUCAAGUGACUUUAGCUGCAAGAAAUGUGUGAGAAGUUCUGUAUGUGAGGAGGAAAAAAAUAAAAGUGGAUCUGAAAGUA